AUGGGAGGAGUAGACAAGAGUACUCUAGUAAAAAACUUGAACAACAAGCUUGAAUGCUCUUCCUCAGCUCAAGCUUUCGAUGUUAUCAUAUGGGUAACAGUAUCAAAGGACUCAGACAUGAAGAGGGUUCAAUCGCAGGUCGCUAAAAGAUUGAACGUGAGGAUGAGAAGGGGAGAAACCAUACAGGAACUUGCUAUGCGGUUGUUCGCAGAAUUGAAGGGGAAGAAAUUCCUCUUGAUUCUCGAUGAUGUCUGGGAGAAAAUCGAUCUGGAUGAAUUGGGUAUACCACAUGGGGAAGGUCACAAAGGUUUUAAGAUCAUAUUGACCACUCAAUCUCUUGAUGUGUGUAGGGGGACGAAGACGGAUAAAGACAUCAGAGUGGAAGUUCUUAGCGACAAAGAAGCUUGGACGUUGUUUUGCCAAAAUGCAGGAGACAUGACUGAUUUGGACAGGGUAGAAGAUCUUGCAAGAGCUGUUGCUAGAGAAUGUAGCGGUCUGCCACUGGCGAUCAUCACCGUAGGGAGGACUAUGAGGGGGAAGACAAGGAUCGAGUUGUGGAAGCAUGCUUUGGAAGAACUGCGAAGCUCAGUCCCAGACAUCAGAGGGAUAGAAAAGGAGGUCUUUUCUCCAUUGAAGUGGAGUUACGACUCAUUACAAGAUAAGAACAUCAAACCAUGCUUCUUGUGUUGCUCUUUAUUCCCUGAAGACUACUCUAUCAAAGCAAGCAAACUUGUACAAUACUGGAUAGCAGAGGGAUUAAUCGAUGAGAGGCAGAAUUUCGAAUCAGCAUCAAAUAGGGGGAUUGCCUUGAUUGAAAAUCUCAAGGACUCAUGCCUCUUGGACAAUGGCGCACACGAGGGGACGGUGAAGAUGCAUGACGUUGUCCGCGAUGUUGCCAUCUGGAUAGCAUCCUCACUCGAAGAUGGAAGCAGGUUCUUUGUUCUAUCCGGUAUGGGAUUGAAUCAGCUGCCAGAGGAAGGCAUGUGGGAAUCAACGAAGAGAGCUUCAUUCAUCCAAAACAAGAUAAGAAGGUUGCCGGAUCGCAUGGUGGGAUGCUCUCAGCUAUCAACUUUGCAUUUACAAAGCAAUCCUCUCAAAGAAAUCCUAGAAGGAUUCUUUACAGGGUUGCAAGCACUUAAGAGUCUUGAAUUUAAGUGA